CGCAUGCGCGGAGCCGAGUCCGGCUGGGCCGCAGCGCGGUGGCCGGCGCUAGCUGUAGGCACCCGCCCGGCCCCGCUGGUCGGUCCCCGCCUCGUUUUCUCUCCGGACCCCGACAGACCCCGGCUGAGCAGAGAGAGAGGCCAGGAUGUCGCAGACCGCCAUGUCCGAGACCUAUGGCCUGACCUGCGUGUCCGCCCAGGAUGGCUGACCUCUGCCUGUGCCUGUUUUGCCCACGGUUCUGCAUUUCUCGUGUGAACAUUCACCGUGCGUGGCAGGACGUCUGCUUCAGAUUUUUUAUUUAAGUUCCUGGUGAUUGGAAAUGCGGGGACUGGCAAAUCUUGCUUACUUCAUCAGUUUAUUGAAAAAAAAUUCAAAGAUGACUCAAAUCAUACAAUAGGAGUGGAAUUUGGCUCAAAAAUAAUAAAUGUUGGUGGUAAAUACGUCAAGUUACAGAUAUGGGACACAGCGGGACAAGAACGAUUCAGGUCUGUGACAAGGAGCUAUUACAGAGGUGCAGCCGGUGCGCUCCUCGUCUAUGACAUCACCAGAUGCCAGAAUGCUGGCGAGUCAGAGCAUCGUGAUCCUCCUCUGCGGGAACAAGAAGGACCUGGACACUGACCGGGAAGUCACCUUCCUAGAGGCCUCCAGGUUCGCGCAAGAGAAUGAGCUAAUGUUCCUGGAGACAAGUGCACUGACUGGGGAGAACGUGGAAGAGGCAUUUGUGCAGUGUGCACGAAAAAUACUCAACAGGAUCGAGUCAGGUGAGCUGGACCCAGAAAGGAUGGGCUCAGGCAUCCAGUACGGAGACGCCGCCCUAAGACAGCUCCGGUCCCCACGCCGCACUCAGGCCACGAGUGUGCAGGAGUGUGGCUGUUAGAGCCAUUACACAGGUGUGCCUGUUCCCAAUGGCUCUGUUUUUCAAGUGUCUGCGUGGUGUUGGGACAGUGGCUGGAGCUUGGAGAAUCUGCAGCUUUUCCACCUCUUCUCUGUGCAGAAGUGGAUCUUAUGGGGACGCUACUCCAGCUGGCGGAGGCAGCCCAGGAGCCACGUAAUAAACCUGAUGUGAGGGACGACACCGGCCGAUGUGUACGCGCAUGUGACUUUCCUGUUCCACUUCCCCCGCCUUGUCCGAGAACACACACGCUGUGCCGUGUGGGCCCCGUCCGUCUCCCCAGCAUGUUCCUUGAGUGUGAUAGGAUAGGAAUGGUGCUCUAAAUGCAGUUGGAUAUUUCUUUAACCACAGGCACAGAGAUUCAUGUUGGUGUACCUUGUGACCAACGUGCAAGGGCCCUGGCACCGGCACCCAGGGUCCCACUUAUUCAACCGCACUUACCACACUCCACCGUACACUCCCCACACUUGAGAUGCUGGAGCAGUCGCCCUUCACCAGCGACCCGAAAUGAAAUAAAAACUGGUGUUUGGUGAA